UUCCUCUUUCUCUUCCUCCUCCUGCCCCGUUCCUUCUCGCUUCUCCUCUCCUCUCCCUCGCGUAACCCUAAACCUUUCCUUUCUCUCUGUUUCCCUUCCCUCGCAGCGUUCUAUCACCGCCCUUCCUCUUCUCUUCUCUUCUCUUCUCUCUGUCUUCCCUCUGUUUCUCCCUCUCUCUCUCUCUCUUUUUGUUCAUCCUGCGCUCUUCCUUCUUCUCUUGCCUCCUUAGGGCUUCUUCUCUUUCUUCUUCUUCCUCUGGUUCUUUUUAUCCUCUCUUCUGCGCUUUCCUGGCAGCGGCUAUGGUGACCGCGUCGGACGAUGCUCUUCUGAAGGAGUUCUUUGCGGAAGUCAGUGAUGUUGAACGCGACAAUGAGGUACUGCGUGUCCUGGGUUGCUUUAAGCUGAACCCCUUUGAACAUCUUAAUCUGCCCUUUGACUCUGACAUUGAUGAAGUGAGAAGACAGUACCGCAAAUUAUCCUUGUUAAUUCACCCUGAUAAGUGCAAGCAUCCUCGGGCUAAUGAAGCCUUUGCCGCCCUCGCUAAAGCGCAACAAUUACUGCUGGACCCCGCGGAACGAGAUUACAUUGUUUCUCAAAUCAACUCAGCCAGAGAUGAGUUGCGGUCUGAGAGGAGGAAGAAAUUGAAACGUGACAAUGCGUCUAAAAUCAAGUCCAUGGUAGAUGAGGGGAAAUUUGAGAAUCAGUUUGAGCAGUCGGAUGAGUUCCGGCAGGCUUGGAAGAAGCGUGUCAGAGAGAUGUUGACAGAACAGGAGUGGAGACGGAGGAAGCUCACCAUGCGCAUUUCAGAAGAAGAGGGUAGGGUGAAGAAAGAGGAAGAGGAGACUCGGGAGAUGUGGAAACACAAGCGGGAGCACGAGGAGAAGUGGGAAGAAACCAGAGAGAAUAGGGUUUCUAGUUGGCGGAACUUUCAAAAAGGGGGUAAGAAAACCAAGAAGGGCGAGCUUCGUCCCCCAAAGCUGAAAACAGAGGAUCCGAACAAGUCUUACGUACAACGGCCUGUGAAGAAAGGAUGAGUACUAUAUCUCCAGGAAGUUUAUACUUUAAUUCUCACCCUUUCUUUCCAAUUGGAAGCACAACUAAAACUUUGUGUCAUCACACAUUUCGAAUUGAGGAACCUGUAGGCGAGAGAAUGCUGAAGUAAUGACGCACAUGGGGAGGUGACUAUGGUUCAAAAGAUAUGCAAUCAGAAAUUUGAGAUUUGCGAUUGUACCACUAGGAAAUUAAGAGUCUUCGGGUAGUUACCCAGUCUAGGUCUGAAAAUGGAGCCACCAGCCCUUUCUAUGGAGAUUAUUGUAAAGAUAGGUUAUUGGGAUGUUUCUAUGCAGUGUAUUGAUAGAGAGGAAGAGGAGCCCUUAAGCAUAAUGAUCAGCAGCUCGCAACAGGUUACUCGGAAAUGUUCAAUUCUGCUGGUAACAUAUGUAGUCCAUUUCGGAUGGAUUUCGUGUUGGUUUAUUCUUUACGCAUUUGCUGCUGUUCACAAGUUUAAAAGUUGUAAAAAACUUA